CCUGAGAUAUUGAUAGGAAUAGCAUUAAACCUGUAGAUCUUUUGGUGAAGAAUUGACAUCUUUACUAUGUCAAGUCUUCCAGUAUAUGAUACAGUAGGUCUGUUCGUUUAUUUAGACCUUUGGUUUCUUUCAUCAGCCAUUUGCAAUUGUUAGCCUACAAGCCCUGUACAUGUUUUCCUGCAUUCUGGGUUAUUUUCUUAGUUUAUUUACCACAGUAUGUGACAGUGUAGCACUGGUCUGCUUAAUAUUGGCAGGCAUGACUGUGCAAAUCUUCAUGUGCCCUCUUUUCAUACAUCUAGUGAUGAUCCUGGCUACCAGGAUCUAACUGCACCAUCAUUCUUGCAUCCCUCCUGAACAAUAAUGUUGAUUAUUUUAGUCUUUUGACAGUGACAUCUGAUAUCCCAGCAAAUGGCACUGCCCACUACAGUGCUGAAAAACUACUCCUGAUGUCCCAGCAGCGACACAGCUAACAUAGACCUGGUUCACAUUCUGCUGGGUAGAGCCUGAGAAGGAGUGAUGCCCCCAGGCAGGUGGCAUGCUGUCCAUCCGGCUCAGGCACAGGCUUCAAGGGAACGAGGGCGUCUUCAGAUGAUAAAGAAGGAAGAAGAGGAUGAGGGAUACACUUCAGUGCAGGCUGCCAGGCCACAAACACUCAACCGUUCUGGCCAGGAACUAUUUCGCCAGCUCUUCAGGCAGCUUCGCUACCAUGAAUCUUCUGGGCCCCUAGAGACUUUCAGCCGGCUCCGUGAGCUCUGUCGCUGGUGGCUGAGGCCUGACAUUCUCUCCAAGGCCCAGAUCCUAGAGCUGCUGGUGCUGGAGCAAUUCCUGAGCAUCCUGCCCGGGGAGCUCCGGACCUGGGUGCAGCUCCAUCACCCUGAGAGUGGUGGGGAAGCUGUGGCCCUGCUGGAAGAGUUGCAGAGGGACAUCAAUGGGACACCAUGGCAGGAUCCAGCCCUUUCCCAGAGCCCAGAUGUACGUUGGAUGGGUACAGGAGCCCUUCGAGCCUCACAGAUAUGGCCCUCUGCUUCACCUCUCAGGAGCGGCUCUACUCUUGGGGACCACCUGGAGCCUCCCUAUGAAAUAGGAGUGUGUGACUUCUUGGCUGGCCAAUCCGAGCCUCCUGUUCCCCAGGUGCCUGCCCUUUCCCAGAGAGAGGUGUGCCCAGGAGACCCAUUGACAUCUCAGGCUCAGGAAGCUCUGACUUUUAAGGACGUGGAGGUGACCUUCUCCCAGGAUGAGUGGGGAUGGCUGGAUCCUGCUCAGAGGAAUUUGUACAGAGAUGUGAUGCUAGAGAAUUACAGGAAUGUGGUUUCUCUGGUGGGACCAUUCACCAAACCUGUUCUGAUUUCCUGGUUGGAGGCAAGGGAGCCAUGGGGUCUGAAUGUCCAGGGAGCUCAGCCUAAGGGGAAUCCAGGUGUUGCCCCCACAGGAGGUGAGCUCCAGAUUAAAACAAACAAGUUCUUCUUAAAACAUGAACCUCUGGAAGAAGGAGAAACCUUAGCUAUGCCAUCAGAAUCUUGGAUGAUGAGUGUUUCUGAGGGAAUGGGACUCAGAGAAUCUUUUGAACUGAAGAGCAGGCUAAAGGAAUAUGGAAACCCCAUACAAGUAAGAGUUAAGAAAGAAGAGACCAAUUUCAGUCACAGGAGAGAAAAAGAAUCUGAAGAAUUAGGAAGAAGUACUAGUCGUAAUUUAAAACACGGCACAUAUUUGAGAGUUCCCAGAAGAAAGCGAUCUCUUAAACAUGGCUGUGGCAGACACUUCAGAGGGAGUUCAUACCACUAUGACUACAAGGAAUAUGGGAAAGGCCUCAGGCGCAUAGUUGGUGGAUUUAGCUUACAUCAGAGAAUUCAUGCCGGACUAAAAGCAAAUGUGAAGGAUGCAUGUGGGAAAGAUUUCAGCCUUAGUUCACAUCACCAACAUGGGCAGAAUCUUCACAUGGUGGCGACAUCGUAUAAGUGCAGUGAUUGUGGGAGGACUUUCAGUCACAGCUCUCAUCUUGCAUGUCAUCAGAGACUUCACACUCAAGAGAAACCAUUUAAAUGCAGGGUGUGUGGGAAAGCCUUCAGGUGGAGCUCAAACUGUGUGCGACAUGAAAAGAUUCACACUGGAGUGAAACCUUAUAAAUGUAGUUUAUGUGACAAGGCUUUCCGACGCAUGUCUGCCUACCGUCUACACCAGGAAACCCAUACUAAGCAGAAAUUUCUUGAGUCUAAUCAGUAUGAGGAAGCUCUCACCUAUGGCUCAGGAUUUGAUCAUCAUUUGAGAGACCAAAGAGGGGAGAAACCCUUUGACUGCAGCCAGUGUAGGAAAUCCUUCCACUGUAAGUCAUAUGUUGUUGAACAUCAAAGGGUCCACACUCAGGAGAAACCUUAUAAAUGUACCAAAUGUAGGAAAACCUUUAGGUGGAGAUCAAACUUUACUCGUCACAUGAGAAUGCACCAGGAAGAAAAGUUCUGUGAUGAAGAUCUAUGUAGAGAAGACUUCAGACAGACCUCCAGUUGCAGUCAGCCCCAGAAUACCCCUGCUACAGAGAAAGCUUUUCCUUGUCAGCAGUGUGGGAAAACUUUUACUCGAAAGAAAUCUCUCAUUGAUCAUCAGAGAAUUCACACAGGCGAGAAGCCAUACAGAUGUAGUGAAUGUGAAAAAGAGUUUACCCAUCGGUCAGCCUUUAUUGCUCAUAAGAAGCAGCAUGCCAUUCAGAGAAAACCUGAAGAUGGGCCAUCGUUUAGUCAGGACAGAGUUCUCCAAGUUCCUCAGAGCAGUCACACCACAGAGGAAGCCUACAAAUGCAGCCAGUGUGGCAAAGCCUUCCGUAAUCACUCAUUCCUCCUCAUCCAUCAGAGAAUUCACACCAGAGAGAAGCCUUAUAAGUGCAGAGAAUGUGGGAAAGCUUUCAGAUGGAGUUCUAACCUCUCCCGUCAUCAAAGGAUUCACUCUUUGGAAAAACAAUACGAGUACCAUGAAAGUGGAAACAUGCCAAAUCUGCAGCCACAAAUCCUCACUGGUGAGAAACCUUUUUGGUGCCAAGAAUGUGGGAAAACUUUUACACGUAAAAGAAGUCUUUUAGAUCAUAAAGGGAUACACAGUGGAGAGAAGCGCUAUAAAUGUAAUCUGUGUGGGAAAUCUUAUGAUAGGAAACAUCGCCUUGUUAAUCAUCAGAGAAUCCACACUAAAGAAAGACCUUUUAAAUGUCAGUGGUGUGGGAAGGAUUUCAUUGGAAGACAUACCCUCUGCAUUCAUCAGAGAAAACACACCAGAAUGGCACAGUCUGAAUGCAGCCUGGCUGGGUUGUCUUCCUGCCAGGAUGCAGGGGUGAGUUUACAGGAAUUAAAACCAAGUGAGGAGAAGCCCCUUGAAGAUUCUGAGGAAGCUUGUGACCAGAGCUCCAGGAUCACCGGACUCCAGAACAUACCCAUUGGGAAAAAGUGCCAUAAGUGUAGUACCUGUGGGAAAACUUUUAACAAAAGCUCACAGCUCAUUAGCCACAAGAGAUUUCAUACUCGAGAGAGGCCCUUCAAAUGCAGAGAGUGUGGGAAGACCUUCAGGUGGUCUUCAAAUUUGGCUCGACAUAUGAAAAACCAUAUUAGAGAUUAGCUUGGGGUCUGAUGGUGGGAGAAUGGGUUCCUAGCACACCUGCUGGAGAACCCUUAAUUAUGGGAAGCAUGGGGAAAACCUUCACAAAGGGUCUAGCCCUUUCUAUUUUCAAAUCUGGUGGCAGAGAAUCCUGAAUUCAGAAACUCAGGGCAUACCCUUUCUUACCUGCUGGGGAGUGUGAUGCUGAGGAAGAACAGCAACCUGUUCUUUGGAGCCCUUCUGGAGGUUCGAGCCCCAGAAGUGGCCUUUACCCAGUGACCUGGAGCCCCCAGUCAGGUAAUAAGUCUAAAAGCAGAUACCAUUGCCCUUUGUGGUUUGACAAAAUGUCUGUGAUGUAAUGGGCUGUGGCUGGUGGGAAGGGGCCAGUUGAAUCCUGUGAUAGUAGAUACACUGUUUGACCUUAUAAGUAGCAGCAGCAGCAGCCCAUGGACUCCUGGUCUCCCCCAAAUGCUUUCUGAGAGUUCAGCUUUGACCCUCAUAUCUCAACUUGGAUAUCUGCCAUGGUUAUAGAGUUGUCUCAGCAGCAUAUGGAGGAGAGCAGGGUUGGACUCAAUCACUGGGAGAAUGGGGCUCUCCCAGUGCCCUAUUACUGUCUCCACCCCACAAUCUGCAUGGGCAACAGUGGGCCAUCUGUUCAACAGAAAUGUGGUGAUCACCUCCCAUAUGCCAGACACUGUUGUUGUGCUAGAGACCCAGCAGUGACCAGAACAGACAAAAGAUCUGCCAUCUUGGAUCUUUAUAGACAAUAAACAAAUGAAUUAUAUAGUACUUCAGAUGGUGAUAUAUAUUGUAGACAAAAUUAAUCAGAGAAGAGUGAGAGGCAGAGCCGGAUUAGGAGGUGGGUUGCAAUUUUAAGUAGGCUGGUUAGGGAGGACUUCAACUGAGAAAGCGAAACUUGAGCAAAUACCUGAAGGAGGUUAGGGCAUGGACCCUGUGGUUCUCUAGAUCCAGGCACAGGAGGUGGAAUCUUGUCUGGUGUCCUUGGAGGAUGGCACUCCUGGGCUGGAGUGGAGUGAGCCAGCAGAAGAUAGGGCCCCAGCAAGGUAGUGGCCCAGGCCAUGUAUCAUGGGUCCCCACCGGCUCUAGAGCUUCCUCAAAGGAAGGUAGGGAGCCUUUAGACAGUUUUGAGUUGAGUGAUGGGGUCUGAAUCUGAAUUACACUUACAAGGUUAACCACAGACCCAAGGACUCAGUGAAAUUAUAUAGCUGAGAAAUUUUUAUGCAGUUAUCUCUGCUGUCAGUUUGCAAUAAAGGGACACUCUCCUCUCCCCUCACAGAGUCUGCAGUUUUGUAAGGCCUCCAGCUCUCAACAGUUAUAAACAUUUAAUUAUUGUGCUUGCUUGCAUUUCUAACUUGUGCACACUGUUGGGACCCUCAAACCUUUCAUGUAGCUUUCUUCACAUAUUGGAUCCGGUGCUGGCAUCGGGUUCAACCCAAACGUACCAGUGCACAUGACUGAUGCCCUUUGGAGAAAAAGGGGCCUGGUGGGGGAGGCUCCAUCUCACUUGCCAACUUGACUUGAAACAAAAAGAAUUAGCUCAGUGGCAUAAAGGUAAAGGAGUGAUUUUUCUAAAAUUUGUGUAAGUAGUAAUUGCUUCUGAUUAUUGAAGAGCUCACAUGAAUAUAAGAAUAAAUAUC